AUUUAUUCUAUACAAUAAAAUAAUAAAACAUUAUUGUAAAACAAUACAUCCAAAACGAUUUUGUUAUACGCCCAGCUAUGGAGCAAGCACAUACACAAACAUCCCCAUUGUAAUAAUAUGUUUGCUGAUCUGUUUCUAAUUCUUGGUUCAUUUUAUUGUUUGCGUGAGCUUGAAGGGCUUUGUUUAUUAUUUCUAAUAAUUUAGGCUUAAUGUCUCUGAUGGGGACUUUCUUCUUUUUGGUAGAACGUUCAAAGAUACAGCAACACCUAGGUUAAGUUUCCAAUAAUUUAAUCCUACAAAAUGAGAUCGAAAAGUAGAUCCAGGUCAAGAUCCAAAAUUAGAAAUAGAUCUCGAUCACGCAGUCCAACAAGAUUGCAAAAAUCUUUUGAUAGAUCUAGAGAUCAAAACAAAAAUAGAUAUGUAAGAGAUCGAUCUUCAGAGAGAUAUGAUAGAAGAAGAAAAGAUUCAAAAAAUGAUCAUUCAAGUAGGGACAGAAAAGACAAAUUGCGAGAUAGUUCUGAAAGAAGACAUAGGGAAAGAAAGCAAAGAAGUAGAUCCACAUCAAAAAGCAGGUUUCAGAGAGAAAGAAUAAAUGAAAUAUCAGUUGCCUCUAAGCACAAGAACUCAGUAAAUGGCAAUCGAGAUUCUUAUGAUAGUCAUGCAAAAAAUUCUACUCGAUUAAAUGAAGAUAAUGAGAGAUGGCCCCAUGACAUGUAUCAAAAGGAUCAUAGAAGUCAUAGGAAGCAUGAUUCUUCAUCAUACAAACACCAAAACCAAUUUGAAAAAUUCAUGGAAGCUCGGCGUAUUGAAAGGGAAAAUAUAGGUGUUAUGGGUGUAGCAGCUCUCUGGGGAAAAUCUCCAGCAAGAGAAAGUUCUGAUGAAGAUGGGAAAAACAAGAUUAAGUCAGAAAACUCUACAAAGAAAAAACGUAAGAAAGAUAAGGAUAAAAAGAAAAGGAAAAAGGAGAAGAAAGAGAAGAAAUUGAAAAAAUUAAAGAAAAAAUUGAAGAAAGAAAAACUCAAGAAUAAGAAAACAGAAGAUUCAGACAAAAAGAAUAAAGAUACGAAAAGUCUCAAAAAUGUGGUAUCCUCAUCCUCUUCAUCAUCUUCGGAAAGCUCUGAUUCAGAUGAUGAGAAAUCAUGUAUCGGUCCAGUGCAAAAACAAAGUGCUGGUCUUAGUCAUAAGGACUUUGGACAUGCAUUGUUACCUGGUGAAGGAGCUGCUAUGGCUGCAUUUGUUGCUGAGGGAAAACGUAUACCUAGACGUGGUGAAAUUGGUCUCACGUCUGAUGAAAUCGCGCAGUAUGAAAGCGUCGGUUAUGUUAUGAGUGGAAGCAGGCAUCGUCGUAUGGAAGCUGUACGUAUCCGUAAAGAAAAUCAAAUUUAUUCCGCGGAUGAAAAACGUGCUCUUGCUAUGUUCAGUAAAGAAGAAAGACAAAAACGUGAGCAUAGGAUCUUAGGACAGUUUAAAGAGAUAAUUAAUUCAAAGUUAUCCGAAAAACAGAAACAAUAGUAUCAGUUAAGUAUAUAAUUUGUUAAAUAAGACUGAAUAUCUUGAAUAAUUUAUGACGUCUUUGGCUAUGUG